AUGGGCUGCGCUGAGCGCCGUCCGAUGUACGGCUCCCGUCAGUGUGUCCGGUUGUCCCAGCUGACGCAGGUCUGGGUGGCCGUGUGGGCGCCAGGCCCCCAGGACUACAGCCCCCGUUCCUCCGAGGAGCCCCCGCCCCCCAGGGCCGAGUGCUGGGGCGUCUUCGCGGUGGAGGCGGGAGCUCUGAGGCCGGCCCGAGGGCAUAAGGCACGGCCCUGCCCCGGCGCCCCCACCCUGGACAAGUGUCCUGUUCAAGGUCUGUCAGAGCGUCUUGUUCAUGCGUUCGUGCUUUUAUUGGUUUCGCUGUUCAAACCGCCCCGGGCCUGCUGCCGAGACCGUCUGGUGACGGUGAGCGCGGAGGGCGGUGCCUUGCCGGGGACACGCGUGUGGCACGUGGGCUCGUCCACACGCCUCGCCAAGCCCAUCGGCCUGGUGGAGGGGCCUGGGGGCCUGGGCCAGGGCGGCAUGGCAGCCACCCUUCGUGAGGACAGCCAGGAGACAGAAAGCAAAUACGAGGAAUACGGGUACAACGCGCAGCUCAGCGACCGCAUCUCCCUGGACAGGACCAUCCCGGACUACAGGCCCAAAAAGUGCAGACAGGUGACCCACACCGCCGACCUGCCGCAGAUCUCUGUGGUCUUCAUCUUCGUCAACGAGGCCCUCUCCGUCAUCCUGCGCUCCGUGCACAGCGUGGUCAACCGCACGCCUUCGCGGCUCCUCAAGGAGGUCAUCCUGGUGGACGACAACAGUGACAGCGCGGAGCUCAAGACCAGUCUGGACCAGUACGUCAACAGGAGGUACCCGGGCCUGGUGAAGAUCGUUCGCAACAGCCGGCGGGAAGGCUUGAUCCGGGCACGGCUGCAGGGCUGGAAGGCGGCCACGGCCCCCGUGGUCGGCUUCUUCGACGCCCACGUGGAGUUCGGCACGGGCUGGGCCGAGCCCGCGCUCACGCGGAUCCAGGAGGACCGCCGGCGCAUCGUCCUGCCCGCCAUCGACAACAUCAAGUACGACACAUUCGAGGUACAGCAGUAUGCCAGUGCGGCCCACGGCUACAACUGGGGCCUCUGGUGCAUGUACAUCAUCCCCCCCCAGGACUGGCUGGACCGCGGCGACGAGGCGGCGCCCAUCAGGACCCCCGCCAUGAUUGGCUGCUCGUUCGUGGUGGACCGGGAGUACUUUGGGGACAUCGGCCUGCUGGACCCAGGCAUGGAGGUGUACGGUGGAGAGAACAUCGAGCUGGGCAUGAGGGUGUGGCAGUGCGGCGGCAGCAUGGAGGUGCUCCCCUGCUCCCGCGUGGCCCACAUCGAGCGCAGCAAGAAGCCCUACAACGACGACAUCGACUACUACGCCAAGCGCAACGCCCUGCGGGCAGCGGAGGUGUGGAUGGACAGCUUCAAGUCCCACGUGUACAUGGCCUGGAACAUCCCCAUGACCAACCCAGGGGUGGACUUCGGGGACGUGUCUGAGCGGCUGGCGCUUCGCCAGAGGCUGAAAUGCCGCAGCUUCAAGUGGUACCUAGAGAACGUGUACCCGGAGAUGCGGACCUACAACGACACCCUCACGUACGGAGAGGUGAGAAACAGCAAAGCCAGUGGCUACUGCCUGGACCAGGGAGCGGAAGACGACGACCACGCGAUCCUCUACCCCUGCCACGGGAUGUCCUCUCAGCUGGUGCGCUACAGCGCUGAGGGGUUGCUGCAGCUGGGCCCCCUGGGCUCCACCGCCUUCCUGCCCGACUCCAAGUGCCUGGUGGACGACGGCAGGAGCCGCGUGCCCGCCCUGAAAACGUGUGAGGACGUGGCCCGGCCAGCGCAGCGGCUGUGGGACUUCACCCAGAGCGGCCCUAUCGUGAGUCGAGACACAGGCAGGUGCCUGGAGGUGGAAAUGUCCAAGGACGCCAACUUCGGGCUGCGGCUGGUGGUACAGAGAUGCUCGGGGCAGAAGUGGACCAUCAGGAGCUGGCUCAAGCGCGGGCGACACUGACCGCCAGCCCCGCCCUGCGCCCGCCCGGGUGCAG